AUGCCAUCCUCAUCAAGCCCGAGUAAUAGAUCCGUUGUGAAGCCCGCCGCUUUGUUCCUUAUAAGUCUUGUCGUCCUCCUCUUCUUUUCUACGAUACCCUCUCACACUUUUAAUUCUACCUUGUUGAGCCAGCUCUACUCUGGUCAUCAGCAUCCUACAGCAACAAUCGCAACUACAGCUACAGUCGCCUUUACGGACUCGGUCACGACCACCAUCACUUCUGUUGACAAAGGACCAACACCAUCCUCCGUCACAUCCACCACACCAGCCACAACAGAAACAAGUACUACUACAACCGAACAACAACCAACACUAACGUCACCAACCAUGGGAGGCGGUCCAGACACCACCGGCUACCGCACCGUAGCCUACUUCGUCAACUGGGCCAUCUACGGCCGCAAGCACCGGCCGCAAGACUUGCCCGCCGAGAAGCUGACGCACAUUCUCUACGCCUUCGCCAACGUGCGCCCGGAUUCGGGCGAGGUCUACCUGACGGACCAGUGGGCGGACACGGACAUCCACUGGGAAGGAGACAGCUGGAACGACACCGGCACGAACCUGUACGGGUGCCUGAAGCAGCUGAACCUGCUCAAGCGCCGCAACCGCAACCUCAAGGUGCUGCUGUCAAUUGGCGGGUGGACAUACAGCAGCAACUUCAAGGAGCCGGCGAGUAAAGAAGAGGGGAGGAGGAGGUUUGCUGAAAGUGCUGUUGAACUUGUCAAAAACCUCGGCUUCGACGGCCUCGAUAUCGACUGGGAAUACCCGCAAAACGCCCAAGAAGCCUCCGACUUUGUCUCUCUGCUCUCAGCCUGCCGCUCCGCCCUCGACGCCUACGCCUCCACCGUCCCUGGGAAUCCUCACUUUGAGAUGAGUGUCGCCUGCCCGGCCGGCCCGCAGAACUACGAGAAGAUGGACUUGCCAGGAAUGGACCGGUACCUCGACUUCUGGAACCUAAUGGCGUACGACUACGCCGGCUCGUGGGAUCAGGUGGCGGGUCACCAGGCCAAUCUAUUCCAUUGCAACAGCAACCCGGCUGCCACGCCCUUCAGUACCCAGCGCGCCGUCGAGUACUACUUGUCGACAGGCGUGGCGGCCGACAAGAUCGUUUUGGGCAUGCCGCUGUACGGGCGCGCGUUUCAGGGCACCGAAGGAUUGGGGCAGCCGUAUAGUGGUGUUGGUGAGGGGACGUGGGAGAAUGGCGUGCAUGAUUACAAGAAGCUGCCGUUGGAGGGAGCCGAGGAACGCGUCGAUUACGAAUCUGGUGCUACGUAUUGCUACCAUCCGGGAACCAAGACGCUGGUCAGCUAUGAUACGCCUGGCAUGGCGAGGAUGAAGGCUGAGUAUAUCCGGGAGAGAGGCCUUGGUGGUGCCAUGUGGUGGGAAAGCAGUGCUGAUAAGGAAGGCCCUGAUAGCUUGAUUGGUACCGUCGUCAAGGGUUUGGGCGGCCUCCCGGCGUUGCGUUGGGACGGCAACUGCAUCGACUACCCGAACACCAAGUAUGACAACUUGAGGGCUGGGUUUCCGGGAAAUUAG